AUGACACCCAACGCCAUUUUACCCACUCGCGGCUCGGAGCUUGCGGCGGGUCUGGACCUCUCGGCUGCCUACGACGCCGUCAUCCCAGCAAAUGGUAAGGGACUGGUCAAGACGGAUCUGAUCAUUGCUGUACCCGAUGGCUGCUACGCCCGCGUCGCGCCUCGCUCCGGUCUUGCACUGAUUAAAUCUAUUGAUACUGGGGCUGGUGUCAUUGAUGCCGACUAUCGUGGUAAUCUGGGUGUGAUCCUAUUCAAUCACUCAAGUGAUGACUUCCCAAUUAAAUGUGGGGAUCGAGUGGCACAGCUUAUUCUUGAAAAGAUCGAGUACCCAGAGAUUUUAGAGGUGGACGAGAUCGAGGAGACAGUACGUGGUGCUGGUGGCUUUGGCAGUACUGGAGUAGAUCUGCCUCUUGCCAAGAAGCAGCACGUGGAAAGCAAUGGAUCCACCGAGAGCGAAGGGGACGAGGUGGUAUCUGGGGAUGUAGCUCAAAUGGUAGAGGACAUUGACACGGUCUUUAAAGCAUUUGAUUUGUUGUCGGAGAAGAAGGUGAUUGAUGAUACAACUAGGAAGUUGUUGAAGAAGAAACUCAUAACGGCAUCUGACCGGCAAUUUAAGCUGCUGAAUAAAGCUCUGGCUGACUACAUCAACGAUGAGGAGAGUGCCAAGGCUCUCGAGUGGAUUGAAGCUAUUCUCGAGGCUAACUAG